CCGAAACCGAAACCGAAACCGAAACCGAAGCCGAAAGAGAGACAGAAUCAGCUGUGUUAGAAUUUUCGGUUUGGACCCCUCCAGAUUCAGCCUUCUCCAAUUUUCGUUAAAUUCUCCGAUUGACUUCUGCGGGGACCUGUUUCUACUUCCUAUGAGCAUCGUGCCGGCUCUGUUUUUCCCUGUCCAUCUGCGCCCUUCGAUUUCCCCCGCCUGAGAUUUUCUAGGGUUCAAUUGAUCUGGUCCCUUGAAUUUGGCAAUCAGCGGAGCAAAAGCUGGAACUGGAAUGGCACACAAAAUUGACCAUGAAUAUGAUUAUCUCUUCAAGAUCGUGCUUAUUGGUGACUCCGGCGUUGGAAAAUCCAACAUACUGUCGAGAUUUACGCGGAACGAGUUCUCCUUAGAUUCCAAAUCCACGAUCGGUGUGGAAUUCGCCACGAAAACGCUUCAGAUUGAAGGGAAGACGGUGAAAGCACAGAUAUGGGACACUGCCGGUCAAGAAAGAUACAGAGCCAUCACCAGUGCCUACUACCGUGGCGCCGUUGGAGCCUUUCUUGUUUACGACAUCACUAAAAGACAAACUUUUGAUAACAUCCAGAGGUGGCUGCGUGAGCUGCGAGACCACGCGGACUCCAACAUUGUCAUCAUGAUGGCUGGCAACAAAUCCGAUCUCAAGCACCUAAGAUCUAUUUCCACUGAGGAUGCACAGCUGAUGGCCGAGAAAGAAGGGCUCUCGUUUCUGGAAACUUCAGCAUUGGAAGCAAGCAAUAUAGACAAAGCUUUUGAAACGAUACUGACUGAGAUUUUCCGCAUCGUGAGCAAGAAGGCCCUCGCCGCACAAGAGGCGGCCGCCUUGGCUGGGCCUCGUAUUCAGGGAACGACCAUCAAUGUUUCUGAUUCCAGUGGCGGUGCUAAGUACUCCUGCUGCUCCACUUAACUUGAUUUGUUGGCGGUGCUGUGCAGGUAGAUUUCUUUUUCACGGUGUGGAGUUAAAGCAAAAUUUUUCUGCAAUUUAUACAUAUGAAAAGGGUAGAGGUAUAUUUGUUUCAAGGCAUCUAAUGAACAUUAUCGAUACAACAUGAACUUUAAUAGCGUGGUUUUAUUAAUUUGGUCCAAGUGGAAAGUAGCUAUGUGAUAAAGAUUGCGAUUUCUUUUUUGCUGUUAACAUCCUAUAUUUUGGCUUAGUUGUAUUUGGAUGCAUGGCA